AUGACUACCUUAGAUGAUGACACUAGUUUACCUACGGAAUUGGCAGUUAACUCGUUGUACAUGAUCUUUUGUACCAGUUUAUUGUUUUUCUGUAUUAUUGGUAUAUCUAUGUUUUAUUCAGGGUUGACUCAAAGAAGAUCAAGUUUUUUACAGUUAGCUUUACCUACAAUCCUUCUUCCUUUCAUAUUUAUUGAAUGGUAUAUAUGGGGAUAUUCCUUGUGUUAUUCCAGUUCUUCCAAUGAAUAUAUAGGGAGUUUAAAUUUUGCAGUAUUGAGACACUUGAAAGAAGGUGCUACCAUGGUUUAUUCAACUCCCAGAGGAGAGAUCUUAUCCAUUAAUCAUUUCCUUUUUACUGGUUUAUUCAAAGUGAUAUGUGUAGGGUUUACAUUCCCAGGUUGUUUGGGAGAAAGAGGGAGAUUCAAACCAAUGCUUCUUUUCCUUUUCUUCUGGUGUACUUUGAUUUAUAACCCAGUGACUUACUGGUUUUGGAAUAGAAAUGGUUGGUUAUCUACAGAAUUAAAUAAACUACCUGUGCUUGAUUUUGCUGGUGGUAAUUGUAUUCACAUAGUUAGUGGUUUUACUGCAUUGGCUUAUAGUUACAUUUUAGGUCCUAGAAACAAUAAGAUCCUUUACAAUUAUAAAACGUCCAACAACGGAUUUAUCUUGAUAGGAUCGUUCUUUGUAAAUUUUGGUUGGAUAGGUUUCAUUGCUGGUUGUGAUUAUAAGUUUUCCACAUAUUCCAUUUUCAUCAUGGUCAACACCAUCUUAUGUUCAUGUGUCAGUGGAGUAGUGUGGCUAGCUAUUGAUUAUUAUUAUUCUUUAACACCAUUAGAUGAUUCGCAAAAUCAUGUUGAUAGAAGAAAAAUAUCUGUGGUAUCUUUAUGUUCAGGGAUGAUGGUAGGAUUAGUAGUAAUCACUCCAGCAGGUGGUUAUAUCUCAUCACCCACAGGUUUUUGGAAAAGUAUUGUUUUCGGAGUUAUCGGUGGUAUUUCAGGUAAUUUAGCUACCAGACUUAAGUUUUUCUUCAAUAUUGACGAUGCUUUUGAUAUUUUUGCCAUUCAUGGGGUUACGGGUUGGGUUGGAAGUAUUCUUACGGGUAUAUUUGCAGAACAAUCAUAUGGAUCAAAAGGUGGAUGGGUUUCAAGAAAUUUCCUUCAAAUCUGUUACCAAUUACUUGGAUGUACCAUGACUUCAGUUUACGUAUUCGUAUUAACUAUCCUUUUCCUUUACUUAAUAGAUCUCAUCCCAGGAUGUCACUUAAGAAUCGAUAAACAGUUCAACAAACGUAUCAGACAAUUAAACGAUGAUAGAGAACUUGAUAUUGAACUUUCUAUGUCUCCUACUAAUGUAAGACCUAAAAAUGUCGGUAAUGAACAAGAAGAUUUAGAAUUAAACGGAGCUGAUCAAUAUGAAUUGAAUGGUGAGUAUAUGAUGGAUUACAUGGAAUUCAUCAAAGUGAUCAAACCUGAAGAUUAUUUAGAUGAGUUAUCAGGUAAACCUUCCGAUUACGUAACUCAUCCUUUCAUGUUAGAUUUAAGACAAUUAUCCCAACAAACUCAAGUAAGUCAACCAUCUCAAGGAAGAAAGCAAGAGUAA